CCAUCACAUAGUCUUCAGCCGCUAUCAUCAUAGGUUUUGACUUGCUUUUACCCCAACUCAUUUAACCUAAGCAAUCUUGAGAGGGUCAACAACCCAUCAAUUCAAACCCGCUAAAUUCUGCCUAACUCACUCGUUUAAUACUUAUGACGGAGGGUAAAAUUAUCUUAUUUUAAAUAGGAGUAGUAUUUUGCCCCUUCCCUUAGAAGAAAAGGGAAAAUAAUAUGGUCAUUUUCCACCUGUUAUAGAGAGGACGUGGAUCAGAUAAUCCUUGUACAGAGAAAAGACGUAUGACAUGGAAACAAUGAAAUCUAAAUAACCCACUACCUUUAAACUAGCACCACAAAUUCUGAUUGCUAAAAUUUAUACAUUCCUCAGAUAUUUCGAAAGACAUUUCCAGACAAAAGAAGAAAUCAAAACACAUCAACUUUGCAUCUUUCAGUCUGUGCUGCAACAAGUAGAAUCUAACAUUAAUUGCUCAUAAUAUGGCUGCUCUAACUUCAGUUAGUGCAGGUUCAACUACAGCUUCUUUGCAGCAUCGAUUUCAUUGUGUAUCAUAUUCAAGUCCCAAAGAAUUAUGUGUUACAUUUGGCUUAGCUACCACAGUGAAGAGGAGAUUCUCCUUAAGCUACCGUUCGACCCUCACAAUUAGAAGUGCUGCUACUAAACCUGCAAAAUCACCAGCUGAAGAAGACUGGUCAACUAAAAGAGCAUAUCUGCUUGAGAAAAGGGUGAGGAGUGUCGAGCCAAAGGAAGCGCUCAGACUUCAGAAAGAGAACGAUUUUGUGAUUCUUGACGUACGACCUGAGGCCGAGUUCAAAGAGGCUCAUCCAGAAGGAGCUAUCAAUGUCCAGAUAUACAGGUUAAUAAAGGAAUGGACAGCAUGGGACAUUGCUAGGAGAGCUGCAUUUGCCUUUUUUGGCAUAUUCUCUGGAACUGAAGAAAACCCUGAAUUCCUACAAAUUGUUGAAUCUAAAUUAAACAAGGAUGAAAAGAUAAUAGUAGCUUGCUCAUCUGGAGGUACAAUGAAGCCUACACAAAAUCUUCCCGAGGGCCAACAGUCAAGGUCACUUAUUGCUGCAUAUUUGCUAGUUUUGAAUGGUUAUACUAACAUAUUUCAUUUGGAGGGAGGAAUCUAUAACUGGUUCAAACAAGAAUUACCAGCAGCUUCUGAAGAAUGAAGUUCAGUCAGCUGAAACCAACCAAACUCGAUUUGAUAAGAAUUAAUGCUGUACCAUUUUUCUUUUGUACAGAGAAGGCAUUAGAAAUCAAACCAUCCAUUUGCUGAGAUUCAUAUUGUAGAUUAUUAAAUUUUGAGAGUUUAAUGCAUUUGCAUUGUUGUGUGCA